GCUGCCAACAGAAAGGUUGGUCUCAACUGUUAAAGAGAAAAACUCCGUGUUCUUGAUUGUCUUCCGGUCAAAUCCUAAGAUCCGCUUUGCUGGUCGAGAUGGCGUCUGUCGGACAGGUGAACCUCGACCUGGCUGCGCUUCUGGAAGAGCUGAACCAGAAGGAAUUGGGCCAGUUCAAAACCCUCCUGAAGUCCCUUCCCCAGCAGAGCGUCUUCCACAGCCAGGAGCUCCCCACCAUGGAGGGGAUCGAUGAAGCCAACGGGAGGCAGCUGGCAGAAACGAUGGUUCAGCACUGCCGCCGCUUCUGGGUAGACACGAUGUCGCUUCUCCUCUUUAACAAGAGCAACCAGACCGACCUGCACGAGAGAGUUGCGAAUGAACGCUGGGAGGCAGCCGGGAGAAGCUUCAUUGCAAUAUCGCCAUCUGCAUCCACGGAGACCAUUGGGGCUCUUGAACCACAAGAUUCAAAAUCGGAAGAAACAAAUACGGCAGGUGAACAAGGUCACGGGGAUGAGUAUAUCCCUAUAUUGAAGAAGUUGUUUGUGAAAAUCUGGGAGAACAACUUCUACCCUGGGGCCAUAGAAAAUUUCCCUCUCGUCUGCCAGAGAUAUGCGACCAUGGUCCCGUUCUACAGUCCCGAGACGCUCGCGGGGCCGUUGCCGUACACAGUGGUUCUGCGUGGGCCUGCCGGGGUUGGGAAAAGCACGCUGGCCAAGAAGCUGAUGAUGGACUGGGCAGAGGACAGACUGGAGGAGACGUUCCAGUAUGUCUUCUACCUGAACUGCCGGGAGCUCCGCAAAAUGGGGCCAUGCAGUUACGCCCAGCUGAUGUCGAAGUGCUAUCCAGAGCUGAAAGAUAACAUCCCGGCCGUCAUCGCCGAAGCCCACAAUGUCCUGUUUGUCAUCGAUGGUUUCAACGAGCUGAGGUUCCCACCUGGGGCACUGCUCCGAGAUGUAACCGGUAACUGGAAGAAGCAGAAGCCUGUACCCAUCCUCUUGAGUAGUCUACUGAAGAAGAUGCUCCUCCCCAAUGUCACUCUGCUGAUCACCACGCAGCCCUGGAUGCUGAGAGAGCUCCGCUCCUUGUUGGAAGAGCCGCUCUUCAUUGACGUCGAAGGCUACCUGGAGGUGGACAAGUCGGCCUAUUUCCUGGAACACUUCCAGGAUGGAGAGCAAGCCCAGAAAGCGUUCAACUUACUGAAGAGCAACCCGGCCUUGUGCAGCCUGGCCUCGGCCCCCGCGGUGUGCUGGCUCGUCUGUACUUGUCUGAAGCUGCAGAUGGACCACGGGCAGGACCCUGCCCCCACCUGCCAGACCGUCACAUCGCUCUUCUUCCGUUUUCUCUGCAACCAGUUCACGCUGGUACCCACCAGCGACCACCUCGAGGGCCUGGGCGCCGUAUUGAAGACUCUGUGUCUCCUGGCAGCUGAGGGGGUGUGGACCCAGGGGUCUGUGUUUGGUGUGGAGGACCUCGAGAGACUUGGGGCCAAGGAGUUUGAGAUCAGUCCUUUCCUGGAGAGGAACAUCCUUCGGAAGGACAGAGACUGUGGGGGCUGUUACUCCUUCAUCCACCUCAGUGUCCAGCAGUUCUUUGCCGCCCUGUUCUAUGUUCUGGGUAGGGAGGGGGAGGAGGGGAAGGCAGAGAGGGUCAGGGAGCUGGAGACGACGUUUGGCUGUCAAGUGCCGACGGACUACAAGCGAGCAUUGCUGAAACGGAAGGUGAAAGCCAGUGGGAACAAGCCCCUCUCGGUCAGGCGCACAAGGGAAAUGUUUUGCUGUCUCUAUGAAUCUCAGGAGGAGGCGUUUAUAAAGGAGGCAAUGGCCUACUUCAAGGAAAUCUCGCUCACACUUCAGGAUAAGAUGGACAUGGUACGCGCGUCUUCCUGCCUCAAGCAUAGUUCCAGCGUGGAGAGGAUGUCACUGAAGAUAGAGAAGGGGUUAUUUCUAGAGGAUGGAUGCCCAGAAUUGGACAGCUUAAAGGAGGAUCCACACAUUCUACCACUUUGGGUGGAUCUUUGCUCCAUCCUCGGCUCAAGCAAGAACCUGGUAUCCCUGGACUUGAGUAAUUGCUACCUGAAUGAAUCUGCCGUGAGGGUUUUCUGUGACCAGAUAACCUCGACCUCCCACUCUCUCCAGAAAGUGAGCCUCAACCACAUCUUUCCGAGUGACGCCUAUCAGGACUUCUGCUUCGCGCUCGUUGGUCAGAAGACGCUGGCACAUCUGACCCUUCAAGGCAGCACUCACAACGAGAUGCUUCCCCUUUUGUACGAGGGCCUGAAGCACCCGGAAUGUAACUUGCAGUACCUCAGCCUGGAAUCUUGUUCCACUACCUUCGACCAAUUGGCGGAUAUCUUCUUCAUCCUUAAAAUCAACCAGUCUUUAACAUGCCUGAGUCUCACAGACAUUGAACUCUUGGAUGAGGGUAUGGCAUCGCUGUGUGACACACUGGAGCACCUGGAGUGUUCCCUACAGAAGUUGUCGUUGGAAAAGUGUCUUCUCACCAAAGCCUGUUGCAAGGAUCUCUCUUCUGCUUUGGUCAACAACCAGAAGCUGACACACCUGUGCUUGGCCAAGAAUGAUCUGGGGGAUGAUGGGGUGACGCUUCUGUGUGAGGGCUUGAGUAGCCCUAAAUGUCGUCUACAAACCCUGGUGCUGUGGGACUGUGGCAUCACCGAUGAGGGCUGUAGUCAUCUCUCAAAGCUGCUCCAACAAAAGUCGUGCCUCACCCAGUUGGAUCUGGGUAUGAAUCGCAUAGGAUUCACCGGACUGAACUUACUGUGUGAAGCCUUGAAGGAGCCGACGUGCAGCCUGAAAUGUCUCUGGUUAAAGAUCGAUAAGUCUGAUACUGCAACCCAAAAGCUGCUGGACGAAGUCAAAAAGAGCAAUCCACAGUUGACAAUUGAGCAGGACAACCAUGAGCCCAGAAGAAACCGAUUUUCCUGUCCUGAAUUCCUUUUCUGAACCGCCCCCUCUGGGUUGGGAUGGGAUAGCUUUCCUUCCACAAAGGUGAUGGUGAAUUCCCCUGUGAGCCUUCUUGGUCCCCUAAUUUGGUGACGAGGUGUCAUCUUCUGCUUUGUUUUGUGUGCUGUCCCUGGGUGGGAGCAUCUGAAAUGUGCACAAACCACUUCACCCUGCUAUGUGAAGUGCCUGAGUCACAAGUGUACCAAAAAAUAAAGGUGAACGCAUUCAGA